AUGGAGCCCCUCGGCGUAUACCACAUCACAUUCUCCUCCUCUGCUGCUGCCAGUCUAUAUAAAGACAAGAUCGAGAGACUCCUUCGUCUUUCUCAAAUAAAGUUUCAGAGUAAAAAUGGUCUCUGGACGAGCAAUGUCCCCAGUGUACUACUAGACCCGGGGAAAGACCCCGAGAAGGAGCUGGAGCGCUUCACGAUCCUUCCAGGCUCUUACCAGGCCCGUAUCAAGACGAAGCAGAGUCGUGUGCAGGGCAAAAUGGCUUGGCAGCAUGUCAUCGACCAGAUUAUCAAGAGUUCACAUAUCAGGACUCUUCGCCCAAGCGCAGUCUUGAUUGAACUGCCAGAAAAGAGUUUCUCAGCCGCAGAGCUCAAGACCAUCAUCUACCAGGACGGGACUGAAAGCGGUUACGAUUGGGCGACUGAAACUCAUAUAUACGACCUUUCCAAGGUUACCGAUCUAGGCGAGAAGAUCUCCCGAAGCACAUCGCGGGCACGUAGGAACGACGCCGAGUUCCGUCAGCGACACACUACACGUUUCAUCAUGGUGUGCGAGACCCCAGAGACGGCAUGGCGGUUUAUUCGGAGCUGGAACCAGCGAGUUCUCGAGUACGACCAGGGCGAAGGCAUCGUCUUGCGUAAUCGUGUAAAAGCAUCAUACAUUGACAUUUAG